CUGACCAAUCAGGAUCGAUCUUAACCCUUCGUCACGACCAAAUCACCUCGUGUGCAGUUCUUCUCGCAAACAUGUCACCCAUGAAGCUGUGUGUUCCUGGUGAUAAACUUUGCAGUGUAGAAGACUGUACUCCAGGCACAGGCGUAUACCUGAGGCAUGGCUACAUUUAUUCCUCACUUGCAGGCUAUGUGCUCAAGAAGAACGAAGGCGAGGAGUUACCAGUCAUCUCUGUCGUGAGAGAAACGGAAACCCAACUACUGCCAGAUGUUGGUGCAAUUGUCACUUGUAAGGUAACUAGUAUCAAUCCCAGGUUUGCCAAGGUUCAUAUACUUUAUGUCGGGUCCACACCACUGAAGGACCGCUUCAGAGGAACUAUCAGAAAAGAAGAUGUCAGGGCAACGGAGAAAGACAAGGUGGAGAUGUACAAAUGUUUUAGGCCUGGAGACAUUGUCCUGGCGAAAGUGAUCUCUCUGGGCGAUGUGCAGUCCAACUACCUGUUGACCACAGCUGAGAAUGAACUCGGGGUGGUGGUGGCCCACAGUGAAGCAGGUGCUCAGAUGGUUCCAAACAGCUGGUGCGAGAUGCAGUGUCCCCUGACGCAUGGCAAAGAGUUUCGCAAAGUGGCAAGGGUCCAGCCAGAGUAUCUGCACGCGUGACAACAAACUUGAGACUUGAUUGUCUUCACGAGGAACACACAGCUUCCCCCUCACCCGAUCCCUGGCUGACUCAGAGGCCUCCCUGCUUCUUUGGAUAUAUUCAAAUUGACGAUAUGCUUUGGACGCUUAUUAUGUUUUGCUCUGGCAUAUUGUAUUUUUCCCGUACAUUUAACAUCUCAGAAACACAGAUGAAACUUAAGAGCCAAUUGCAAUAUACAAUGGACACAAAGUAAAAGCACACUGCUUUUUUAAUUUUUUUUUUUUUUAUGGCCGUUAAGUUGCACCAAUGACAAACUCAAGGCUCAUCUUGCAGUCUGACCUGCAUUUGAGAGCAUUUUAAUUACUUUUAAAAAUGGCCCAUUGCAUGACUCCGUGUACAUUUUUGGUGCUCAUUUUCCGCAGCACACACCAUCGAUUCCAUUUGUCUCAGUUUCACUGAGUUAAAUUACUUGUUUUCGUACACACAAGCAGAAAAUAUU